AUGAUUCUUUUAUUAUUCUUUCUCACCUUAUUAUGGGUGCCAAAAGACACCGAAAGUGCUAAAAUAUUAGUCUAUUGUCCAUCAAUCAGUAAAAGUCAUGUGCUCCUUUGUGCAAAAUAUGCCGACCUUCUACAUAAUGCUCAGCACGACACGGUUUGUUGUUGAAGGGCACAUUUUUUAUGGGUGACUUUUUUUGUUGAGUUGAGUUGAGUUGAGAAAAAAAAAGAAGAAGAAAGUAGGGAAGAAGAAAAAAAACAUUUUCCCAUCUUAUUUCAAAUAACUACGAAGAAGGUCCCUCUUUUUGCUAGUCAGUUAGUCAGUCAGCAAAACAUUGAAAUAGCAUCGGAAAGUUGGAGACGCUGAGAAAACGUUCAAUCAUUUCAUUUCUUCAAUUUUCUCGUUGCACUCUCCUCCUUUUUUCGCCGAAAUCGAAUUUGAAUUUUUGUCUAACUUCGCUCCUCACAAAUAUAUUUUAUUAUAGGUUCUCUUCAUACCAACCUACACUUCACAACUUGAUGAUUUCAACGGCGCAAAACAUGCCAAAGUGUGGCGACUUCAAAAUAUUAGUGAGUGACCUCGGGUCCCAAGGUUUUAUUUUACCUCGUUUUUUUCAUUUUCAAAAAAACCUGUUCUUCUCUUUGUUUCCUUUUUUUGGCUGAUUUUUCUAUUUGAUACUUUACUUCCCCCAUAUAGAAUAACAAAUAUUAUUUAUACUUAUUUUCUAAUAUUUUCAGGUUCAAAAUAUGAUGAACUCCAUGAAACAUUCUCUGAUGUUUUGGAGGAUACACAUAUCGGAUUUCUCGAUAGAUUGAGAUUUGAAUAUGCAUGGUGGAUUCCGAUGUGUAAAGCUAUUGCAGAACAAAAACAUCGGCUUCAACAUCUAAUUGAUUAUCAAUUUGAUAUGGCAAUUGUGGAAGAUAUUGAUUAUUGUAAUUUUGCAGUUGUCAGGUGAGUUAGAUCUCAUAUCCUUUCCUAUUGAAAUGGUAAUGAUAUGUAAUCUAGCUUACAGGUCUCUUGGAAUCAAAAACAUUGCGUUAUUAUCAUCUGAGCCACUUAUGGAUAAAAUUGCGUGGGAUUUAGGAAUUCCAGCUCCAGCAUCGUAUGUUCCAUCAAUUGAGGAGAAUCCAAAUCAUGAUCGAAUGGGGUUCUUUGAACGUUUAGUGAACACUUAUAAAUAUACACAAUCUAUAAUUGUUCAUCAUAUGAUCGACAAAUGGAUAAUGGAGAUUUUCCGGACUCAUGUGCACCCCAAUUUUCCUUCAACAACUGAAUUGGUUCGAAAUGUUUCCGUUGUUUUUGUGAAUACUAAUGAAAUGUUUGAUAUUGCAAGACCUGUAUCAUCAAAAAUUGUAUAUGUAGGAAUGUUAAAAGGAUCUUAUGAAAAUGCUACACUUUGUGAGGUAAACUUUGAACAAAUUCAAAGGUCAUACAAUCUUUCUUAUCAAUUUUGUAUGAUGCAAAGAGCAAUUAAAACAAAAGUGUUGUUUUUUAGGAACUAGAUUCAUAUUUUAACAAAGGAAUCAAUGGAUCAAUCUUCAUAUCAUUUGGAACUGUUGCACCAUUCAAAUUGCUUCCUUCUAGAAUAAAAAGAUCAAUAAUCUAUGCGAUUGAGAAAUUGCAAAACUAUCAUUUUGUUUUGAAAUUAGCGGAAGAGGAUUUAGAAUCACGAAAAAUGUUUGAUUCUCUGAAAAACAUCAAUUUGGUUGAUUGGGUUCCUCAAAAUGCAGUGUUGAGUAAGAAUACAUAAAAGGUAAACACAACAUAAAGUUCUUAUUAUAGAGCAUCCGAACUUGAAACUUUUUGUAUCACAUGGUGGAAUGAAUAGUGUUUUGGAAUCAAUGUCAUAUGGUGUUCCAAUGGUUCUUAUGCCAGUUUUCACAGACCAAUUCAAAAAUGCUAAAACUGUUGAAAGACGUGGAGCUGGAAAAAUGAUAUCAAGAGAAACAAUCAAGGAUGAAACAUUUUAUAAUGAAAUAUCAAACAUUUUGGAAAACUCUGAAUAUCAAAAAAACGCGAAAAGAAUUGCAAAAUUGAUCAAAACACGACCAUUUUCGGCAAAUGAAAGAGUUUUGAAGUGGAUUGAUUUUGUUCUCAAGUAUCCUGUCAAUUUGGACUUACAAUCUAAUAAUUUUAGUCUUUUCACUUAUUUUCAUUUCGAUGUUUUGAUCUUUAUUAUUUUCAGUUUUAUUGCUGGUCGUUUCAUUUAUCAUAAUAUUCAUUUCAAAAUCAAAAAACAAUAA